AUGCCCCGCAGCCGCAGCCGUAGCAAGAGCCAAGGCCGUGUCGACCCCGUCCGCCGGGCGUGCCAGCUGCGCCGUUUCCACCGCGACCUGAAGGCCAAACACCCGUACAAGAAGGACUUAAAUCGCCAGAGUCCUGCUGGCAGCGAGCGUGAACAAGCUCCGGCGACGGAUACCGUCGGUACGGCCAACCUCGAUGGUCCUGCUGGUUCUUCAGCCGACCCGAAUCCUCCUCUUUGGAACUUGCAGGCGGGCGAAAAGGCACGCAACGCCUUUGAAGAAGGUUUGAAGGUUCACACCGCGGGGCCCCUCGACACAAGACCUUCCAGCGCGGGCCCCCUCGUCUCGAGGCCCCUUGACACGGCCGCCGGCAAGUCAAACAGGACCGAACCACGGGCAAUUCGCUACCAGAAUGCGCAGAUGUAUCCGUCACUUCCAGUCCACUCCCGACCAAGCAACGAACAGCCGCGUUCCUCUUUCCGGUUGCCGACCAACGCUCGCGAAAGCUUCGGCUCUCAAGAAGUCGUAGAUGCCAUUGCCCGGUACACGUCUUCCAGCACAACAUCUCACUCUACGGCCGUCCAUAAGGAAACAGAGGCGGAGGCCCUCGAGCGCCGGGAGAAGGACCUCGCACGCAAGAGGGAAGAGAACGCCCUGGCCACGGCGGCGUACGACGAGAUCCCGCAGCCAUAUUUGGACUGGCUCAUGGCGUACAAAGACGCAUCGCGCCGGCAGCGAGCCAUGGAGGAGGCGGAAGAGCAGUGCGAAGCCGUGCACGCCAGGGUCAAAGUGGAGCGAGACGCGCUGGAUGUCGCGACGCGGGAGCUGGAGGGAGCGAAGAGAGCGGUAACGAAUGCCAAACAACGGUUCGAGCUUGCCAUGGGACGCGGGUCUGGCCACGAGGGGGCUGUGCUUAGUCGUGAUGUCGGUGCUGCUGAUGAUGAUGCACCGCUUCAUGCGUUGCGUUCCCACCGCAAGCAGAGAGCCGAGGCAUACAACACGGCGUUGGAGAGGUGCACCACAGCCGCCAAGGAACAUGCAGCGGCGUACGAUGACUGGACCACGGCGCGAGACGCGUAUCAAGAGGCGGAGGUCCUCGAGGUACAACGCAAACGUGCGUGGGAGCAGCUCCGCGGUGUGCGUCGAGGUGAUGUCGGUCGAUGA